GUUUUACCCCUACCCCCAUUAAGAAAUGACACGCUAAAUCUUGUUUUAUCUGACAAAUUAAUCUAAAAACAUCCGCGAAACUGCAUAUGUCGUCAUUUUCUCCAUCUUACGUCAUUUGACGUCAAAUUUCCUUCACACGUAAACAUUUAACGGAUUGAUAAAAUGGAUCCACAUGGAAGUAUUGAGAGACAUAAGGGGAGAUUUGUUAAGAAAGUGUUGAAGAAAAAGUCAGAUUUUUUAAAAGCAAGUAAUAAACUGAAACAUUCAUGUGAUUACGGACAUGUUCCGGAAAGAAGAUUAAUUGUAGAUAUGAAAUAUUUUGGCGAGAUAUUUGAUAAAGGGUGUAAAUCAUGUAAACGACAUUUCUUAUUCAAGGAUAUCAUCGCAGAAAACAUUUAUGGACUUUGUUCUUUAGUGAAAUUUAAGUGUUCAAAAUGUCAACAGGAAACUACAAUUUCUACAUCGAGGGCUUCCGGAGAAACUGAUAAGACUUUGACAAAAUCUCCGUACUCAGUUAAUCUGAAAGCUGCAAUCGGGAUGAUCCACGCUGGUAUAGGAGAAACACACAUGAAUGGCUUUCUUGUGACAUUAGGGAUACCACCAAUACACCAUAAAACAUUGAAAAAACAUGAACGGAAAGUUGGAAAAGUUAUGGAGGAAAAUGCACGAGAUUCAUGUGCCCGUGCGUGCGAAGAGGAAAAGGCGGCAUGUAUGUUACCAGCGACUGUCACAGAACGAGGUGAUGGCGAUAACAUAAGAGACACGUUUCUGCAUGAACCAAAUACUGAUCGGGUUGCAGCAGACGACAAAGAGAUCUACGCAGCAGAUGACACCGACACUGAUCAAAUAACUUUUGAUGAGGCAAUGGCUAUGUUAGAAGAAUAUGGUAAUAAAUCAUUAUUAUCUCUGUUAUAUGAGACGAAUGUCUACGAAUUGCCUACACUAGCCCCUAGACUGACAGUUAACAUGUUUCCUACAUUUUCUCCUUUUUAUUUUUCUAAUUCCAUUUCAUAGAGACAAGAGCCAGUCUAUGUUAGAUAUUCACAAUGAUGUUGAAAUUUCAGACUAUGAUAUUAGACAUGUGAUAUAGACUGGCUCUGUCCAAUUCACUCAAUCAUAAAAAGUGUAAAAAGGUACAUCAUAGUCUAGGAGCUAGUGUACGAUUUGCCUACACCGUCUCAUUUCAUGCAGAAUGUAUUCUAGUACUGAAAAGUGUGAUUAAAGCACUCAUUCUACACGACUUUGCGCAAACAUUGGGAAAACUAGGAUUUAUUUAUUAUGGACUUCUUUCGACUACAUCGAGGAAGCACAUUUUUGACCGAAUUACUGACCUUAUUCCUAAUAUACCAGAUGCUAUGCAAAUGCUUAAGCUUAAAAAAUG